GGAAUGUGCCCUGUUGUAUUUCGAGUCCUUAAAUAUACUGAACAUUUUGAAGAUGUUAUAGAAGCAGGAAUGGCAUCUCCUGAAAACCCCGAGCAGCUGAUCAUUGCCCUGGAACCCGAGGCUGCCUCUAUCUACUGCCGAAAGCUCCGACUGCACCAGAUGAUAGAACUGAGUAGCAGGGCGCCUGUCAAUGGUUACAGCCCAAGUGACACCAUUGGAACUGGAUUCACACAGGCCAAGGAACACAUCCGUCGUAACCGACAGAGUCGUACCUUUUUGGUGGAAAAUGUCAUAGGAGAGAUCUGGUCUGAACUGGAGGAAGGUGACCGCUACAUCGUUGUAGACAGUGGAGGAGGCACAGUGGAUAUAACUGUCCAUCAGAUCAGGCUCCCUGAAGGACAUCUUAAAGAGUUAUACAAGGCAACAGGUGGGCCGUAUGGUUCUCUAGGUGUGGACUAUGAAUUUGAGAAGCUCCUGUGUAAAAUAUUUGGAGAAGAUUUUAUUGAACAGUUUAAAAUCAAGCGUCCUGCUGCCUGGGUAGAUCUGAUGAUAGCAUUUGAGUCCCGUAAACGGGCAGCAGCUCCAGACAGGACCAAUCCACUAAACAUCACUCUACCUUUCUCCUUCAUUGACUAUUACAAGAAGUUUCGAGGUCACAGUGUAGAACAUGCCUUGAGGAAAAGCAACGUGGACUUUGUGAAGUGGUCCUCCCAGGGAAUGCUGAGGAUGAGCCCGGAUGCAAUGAAUGCUCUUUUCAAACCUACAAUUGACCAGAUCGUUCAGCACCUUAGUGACGUGUUCGAUAAGCCAGAGGUGACCAAUGUCAAGUUCCUGUUCCUGGUGGGCGGCUUCGCCGAGUCCCCCUUACUCCAGCAAGCCGUGCAGAGCGCGUUUGGUUCGAGGUGCCGGGUCAUCAUCCCUCAGGAUGUGGGGCUGACUAUCCUCAAAGGAGCUGUCCUCUUCGGCCUAGACCCUGCCGUCAUCAAAGUGCGGCGCUCCCCUCUCACCUACGGCGUGGGCGUGCUCAAUCGCUUCGUGGAGGGCAGGCACCCCCCGGAGAAGCUCCUCGUCAAGGACGGCACGCGCUGGUGCACCGACGUCUUUGACAGGUUCAUCUCGGCCGACCAGUCCGUGGCCCUGGGAGAAACUGUGACGCGCAGCUACACGCCUGCCAAGCCCUCCCAGCUGGUCAUAGUGAUCAAUAUCUACAGCUCUGAGCAGGAGAGUGUGGGCUUCAUCACCGAGCCCGGGGUGAAGAAGUGCGGCACCCUGCGCCUGGAUCUCACGGGGACUGAUGCUGCUGUGCCAAACCGGCGGGAGAUCAAAACCCUCAUGCAGUUUGGGGACACUGAAAUCAAAGCCAUGGCCAUUGAUGUUGCCACCUCUAAAAGUGUCAAAGUUGGUAUUGAUUUCUUAAACUACUAACAGCCCGUUUUCCC